AGAAAGAGAGAAAGAGAGAGAGAGAGAGAAAUAGAGAGAGAAAGAGAGAGUGAGAGAGUGAGUAGGACUUGACCUCGCCCACCCUAAAUCUAAGUAAGCUAGCGAGCGAGCUUUCCCAAGGAAGACAGCUCAAUGAGAAUCAACGAGAGGAGACCUUUAACUUACAAUAGCAACGUAUGACGACUGGAGUCGUCGAUUACGUCCUUUUUAUUGAGAAACGAAAGGGUGAAAGGACAGAAAGGAAAGAAAGAUGCGGUGCGUCUGAUAACGUGAACGAUUCCCGGCGCCAUGUCCCAAAGACUGGAGACCUCGAAUGAGGAGUCUUACCUGAACUCCGGCAGGCCAUCAAAUUUGUUGAGAACCAACUUCAAUAACGUCAAGCUCGAGCGACUCUAUCGUGCUUCGUCCCUUCAACAGAGACGCGGUGGCCUUCAGUGCUUCCUUCUAUCAGCUGUCCUUUACGGGGCUUAUACGGUAGCCUCGCCUGAGCCGGAACUACCGGCUCGAGGACUCACCGCUGUCUUCCUCGGUCUGAACUUGGGUUUACUGGCAUGGGCGGAACACGGAACACGGGCCAGAGACGGCUUGUGGGCCGCCGUUCCCCACGUGGCAUGGUGGCUUUCUACGGGACAGUUGCUCGCUCAGCUGUUUCUCAAAUCGAGCGAGGUCACGCCCAGGGACGGACUAGGAUGGCUCCUGCUCUUCCUCUAUCUCUUAUUCGCUACUCUACCCCUUAGACUAUCUUUCUGCUUCUUGUUGGCGAUUGCUACGGCUGCGGCUUAUAUGGUCACCGUCUUUAGACUCUCCAGAAUGUCGAUCAUCACGUUCAUCGACGUUCUGAUCCUGACGGUGACACUCUCGGCCGGCGUCGCUAUUUUGGGUGCUUCCAGCUACUCCCUGGCGGAGUUCCAGCAACGUCGAGCCUUUCUCGAGACAAGACAAAGCUUGGAAGUACAGUUGGUGAUCGAGGAACAAAGUGCUGAACAGGAGAGGCUACUUCUAAGUGUCCUGCCGGAACAUGUGGCCGUUAAAAUGCGACAGGAUUUGGGAGCGUGCACGGACUCGCAGUUCAAGAAGAUUUACAUGUCAAGACACGAGAAUGUUUCGAUACUUUACGCCGAUAUAGUUGGUUUCACAGCAAUAUCAUCGACCUAUAGUGCGAGCGAAUUGGUCAAAAUACUUAACGAGCUGUUUGCACGAUUCGAUCAACUCAGCGAACGGUAUGAACAGUUGCGCAUCAAAAUCCUUGGCGAUUGCUAUUAUUGCAUAAGUGGUGCACCCGUUGAGAGGCCGGACCAUGCGAUUCUUUGCGUGCACAUGGGUCUCUCGAUGGUCGAGGCAAUAAAAUACGUUCAACAGACAACCAACAGUCCCGUCGACAUGAGAGUAGGCAUACAUACAGGCGCGGUCUUAGCUGGCGUUCUUGGUCAACGGCAAUGGCAAUUCGACGUUUACAGUAAAGACGUUGAACUUGCUAAUAAAAUGGAGAGCAGCGGAAGAGCCGGGAGAGUUCAUGUUUCCAACGUGACACUGAGUUUCCUCAACGACGAAUUUGAAAUCGAGCCGGCGUUUGGGGAGAAAAGAGAGGAAGCACUUAAGAAGGCUGGAAUCAUCACCUACUUCAUAGUCAGAGCCUUAAAACCUUUCAAACCGGCGAUAACGAAAAGUCUGGCAUCGUUGAACGAUGAAACUUCUCGAAGAACAAUGGAUAAUAGUCAGGAUAGGAGAAACAACAAAGAGGACUCCGAGGAGUUCAGGCAAAGAUUGAGAAAGGAACUUGAUAGCAAAGGUGGGGGUGCCGACCUGAAGGGUCACGCAUCGUGGUUGACGUUGCGUUUUAAGGAUCCAGUUAUGGAAAGGGCCUUUCACAGGGCCGAGGAAGCCUUCUCACCUUUAUCAUUGUUAGGUGGACCUUUGGUAGUAAUGUGUGCAUCACCGGUAUGGAGAUUACAACCAUGGGGACCUUUCACUUGGGGUGGUGUAGGCGUGGUUACACUCUUUGGAGUCGUUCUAGCAGGUGCCACGUGUCUUGGAAGUGCAGUAAGAGCGACAUGGUUAAGGAGAACCCUUGCGUUGCUAAUGAUCUUCUCUCUCAUCGAUUUCUUAAUUCUCGACAUGGGUAACUGUGCGGUCAUCGAAGACGUUGAACCAAAAGGAAACAAUUCGAACUGGCCGCGUUGUCCUUAUCCAUCCUAUUAUUCUUACAUUGGUGUGCUUGCUCUGGUAGCGAUCUCUAUGCCAACCUAUAUUUGUUAUCUUGGAAAGGCAUCGCUGAUGUAUCUUCUGGCCAGUUUACAAUGCUGUAUCAAUAUAGUUUUCAUCGCACCUAGCCUGGAAAGAGAGGAUAUGGUAGCGUCACCACCUGGUCCAGUCUCUUUUCCUUUAAAAUAUUCCUUGUCGGCUACACUGCUCACCAUCGCUACUGCUUUGGUCAUCGUAGCUAGAUACACCGAGAAAGCGAGGAGAAUGCUGUAUCUUCGUGGUCUAGAGGUAGAAGCUCAGAGAGAAAGAGCCGCCGAUAUGAAACGAAGAAAUGGCGCGUUAAUAUACAAUAUUUUACCGCCUCACGUGGCAACCUAUUUUCUCUCAAGGGCGAGGCAUCACGAUGAUCUCUACAGUCAAAGUUACGCCGAAGUUGGUGUAUUAUUCGCUAGUAUGCCAAACUUUGCCGAUUUUUACAGUGAGGAAAGUAUCAAUAAUCAAGGACUCGAGUGUUUAAGGUUCCUCAACGAAGUGAUCUCCGACUUUGAUGCUAUCUUGGAUCAUAGUAAAUUCAAGGACAUCAUUAAGAUUAAAACAAUAGGCUCAACCUAUAUGGCUGCUUCGGGUAUAACAGAAUCUAUAAAGGCCGAAGAUAGUCCAAGAUGGGCUCAUCUUUCAAUCCUCGUAGAAUUUGCUUUGGAAUUAAAGAAGGCUCUUUCGAGUAUCAACGAACAGAGCUUCAAUCAUUUCGUCCUAAAAAUGGGUAUCAAUCAUGGCCCGGUAACUGCCGGUGUUAUUGGUGCUCGAAAGCCUCAUUACGAUAUUUGGGGUAACACGGUAAACGUUGCUUCGCGAAUGGAAAGUACAGGAAGGGUUGGAUGUAUUCAGGUUACAGACGAGACUAGAAUGAUUUUGGAACCAUUUGGAUUCGGUUUCGAACAACGUGGCCUCGUCUUCGUCAAAGGAAAGGGUCAACUGCUCACGCACUAUUUGGUAUCUAAAGAUGGAGUAUCCCUCGAACUCGAUAGCGACCUUCCUGUCGAGCCAACUCAUCCGAUUAUUUAUCAGUAACGAAAUUGGAGGCACUAAUGUCGUCAAAAAUUGAUCGUUCGUUGAUCGUUCAUCGAUUGUUCCGAAAAAAACAAAGUUACAGGGAUAGUGCAUAUCUGUUCCUUUCUCUUUUUCUCUUUUCUAUAUUCUCUCUCUCUCUCUCUCUCUCUCUAUCUCUCUUUCUCUCUUUCUCUCUUCUACUUGUCUCUCUCGCUCUUUUUAAUUCAUUCUAGUCUUUCAUUAGAACUUGUAAUUCGUAUUCGUGUUCAUAAAUAAUUACGGUUUAAAAUACUUAAACAAAAGGGUAAAAAUCCCAAUAUAAAAUAAUCUCAUUAUUUAAAGAGACCGUAAACUCGAGCUUCCUCUAGCCGAUGUAAUUUAUUUUUUUACACCCCAAAUCGUCGAGUUUAUCAUAGCACAAAAUGACACGAGUACGUGCAACGCACAGAGUAUUACAUUAAGGAGAAAAAAUAGAAACAGAGAGACGGAGGGAGGGAGGGAAAGGGAGGAAGGGAGGGAGAGAGACAGAGAUACAGAGAAGGGAGAAGAGAUAGGAGAAGGUGAGAGGAAGAGGGUCGGAGAGUGAGCAGAGAAAAAGAGUGGGCGGAGGUGGGUGAUUAAAGGACAAAAGCAGGUAAUAGAAAGUUUGCAGGAAAAAAAGGAACGGUAAAGUACGGCCUAAGCGCGAACGAAGCGAAUAAUUAAAAAAAGAAAAAAGAAAAAAUAGAAUGAUACUUGAAGAAAGAAAAAUGUUAAAAAAAGAAAAAAAAAGAAAAAAAAAAAGAGAGAAAAAAAGAAAAAGAAAAAAAAAGAGAUGGUCGAGAUCUCCAGUAGAAAAAUAACCUAAAUUCCUGAUUUAUAUGAAUCGACUUCCUUCGAACGAAUCCACGAUUUUUCCGAAUGGAACAUCGUGACUCUUUUGCUGCUACUACGCUGACGAUAAAAAUUAUUCUCUAAAUACAUUGUAUUGUUUAAACGAUCGAAACAAUAAUAGGAAAGGAAAAACAAAAAAAAAGCGAAAAACAAAAAAAAAACAUAAAAGUAUAAUAAAAAAAGGAAAGAUUAAGAAGAAUUGGUCAUACGAAAAUUGAUUGAUUGACUUCGACGCUUCUCGUUGAGGUCAUGCACGAUGAGAAAAUGAAAAAAUACAUACAUACUUCCACGUUCUUUCACUGAUCGCUCUCUUGUAAGCAGUCGAUGACGUACAUACAUAUAUACAUACAUACAUACAUACAUACAUACAUACAUACAUACAUACAUACAUACAUACAUACAUACAUACAUACAUAGGUACAUACAAAAUAUACACGUACAUACAUACAAGAUGCGCUUAUAUCGCGCAUAAUGCGUCUGUACAAAAAAAAGGAAAAAAAAUAAAAAAACAAAAAAAAAGAAGAAACAAAUGGACAUGUAGGACAACACAAACGUACAUAUACAUAUACACAGUACACACAUACGUAUUACAUGGAAACGUAAUCGCGCGUGAAAGAUACUUAUGCCGGAUUUCUGUAAAGUAGCAAUAAAUGGAAUUUCGUGUAAAUAAUCGAUUUAUCGAUCGAUAUAGGUCGACGAUUGAGAUGGUGGUCGGAAUAUAAGUACAUACUAGAUGUCUUUCGAUUUCGAAGGGAAGAAUGUAAUGAGAAAAAAAAAAGAAAAAGAGUAAAAAAAA